AUGAAUGUUUGUUCCUUUUCCCCACAAUUGGGGUUUUACAUAAACCCUCUGGCUAACGUACACAACACAGAAACUCGCGAAUUGAGAGAAAUCGAAUUUCGAUCUUUGUUAGCAAACCCUAGACGAUUCGCGUACAAUAUCGUGUUCGACACUGAUCGUAUCGCCAUGGCUGAGAGUUCCUUCAAGCUUUCUCUUCCUCUGGAGGAAAGGAUAAGCCUCUGUGCUCGAUUGAGAAAGAAGCACUCUGGAAAAAUUCCUCUGGUGUUAGAGAAGGCUGAGCAUAGUAAUGUUCCUGAAAUUGUCAAUAAGAAGCUUCUCUCACCAGAUAUUACCGUUGGCCAAGUUGAAGACAUGAUUCGUAGACACACCAAUCUUGCUGCUGAGAAAUCCAUCUAUGUCUUUGUCAGGAAUUCAGUGUGUCCAAUUGUUGCGUCGAUUUCUGCAAUAUAUGAGGAGCACAAAGAUGAUGAUGGGUUCCUCUAUAUGACUUAUAGUGGAGAGGAUUUGUUCUUUACAAUGAAGACUGCUCUAGGUAUUGCAGAUUCCAUCAUACGUGAAAAAGGAACUAGGUAUAUCAGAGAGCUCCCUCUAAAAUGGAUACCCUACCUUGCAACGUUGGAAAAAUUAACAUCACUUUCAGAAUUACACACGCGUGUGAAAGAAAGCCUUGAGGGUCUUCUUGAAGACAGGAUGUAUGCAUUUUGCACUCUAAUUACCUGUUUUGGAAAAGAAGCCGAUCGUGUUUGGGUCAUGAAGUUGAGGGCCUUCACAAACUUUGAGGUUCGAAGACACUUCAUGGAGCUGUUGUUUCCUAGCAGCUUAGGAGAAUCUCAGGAGUUCAAAAUACUGGUUGAUCGUUCUAGCUUCUUCGAAGAAUCAGUAAAGCAAGUAAGCGAGGCAAAACCUUUGCUUUUCAAAGGUGCUAUUUCAGUGAUGUUUAAGAAUGAGUUUGCUGUUGGAGACGGUGUGUUUCGAGAAUGGAUGUUACUCGUUUGCAAGGAACUAUUUGAUCCGAGUCGAAGCCUAUUCAAACGGUCUACUGAUGAUCUUAGGAGGUUUUCUCUGAAUCCUCUUUCCUAUGAAGACGAAAAUCACUUGGAACUGUUUAGGUUCGCAGGCCGGAUCAUUGCUUUAGCUCUGAAGCACGAAGUACAGGUCGGUUAUCUAUUAGACCCGCUGUUCUUCUUACAGCUACGAGGACAAGAAAUUUCACUUGAAGAUGUACUGGCAUCUGACAAAGCGCUUCAUCAAAGUUUCAAGACUCUUUUGGAAAUGAAUGCUGAGGAAUGCGACUGUUUAGGUCUCUCUUUCGAAAUAGAUACUGAACAGAAGUCCGGAAAGAGAUUAGCUUAUCCCCUCUGCUUGAAUGGUGAGAAUGUGGCAGUCACAAGGAAUAACAGAGACCUAUACGUAGCACUACAAAUGAAACACAGGUUUCAGACACAAAUUGAAAAUCAGCUGAUGGGGUUUUCAAGUGGUUUCCAGGAGCUGCUCUCGGCAGGGGCCACAGUUUCAGAUUUUUUCGGUACUUUGGACCUUCGAGACCUCGAUUCGUUGUUGGGUGGCUCAUACCGCGAUUCCAUCUCAGUUUACGAAUGGAUGUCAUGUACGGUCUACGAAAAUUUGAAUGAAAAUGAUGAGACCACAAUAUGGUUUUGGAAGGCUUUAAGUCAACUUAACGGGGAACAACGAAGGAACUUGCUCUAUUUCUGGACAUCAAUUCGAUUCUUACCCAUGGGAGGGUUCGAUGAUCUCCCUAUGGUACUCACACUUGCAAAAGACUACGAAGGUGGAGAGGAUGGAAAUCGAUUACCGAAUGCUCAAACAUGCCUAUUCACUCUACUACUUCCCCACUAUGAAAGCUAUGAUCAAACCUUGAACGCAGUCUUGCGUGUUGCACAAGAGGACUUUUACAACGGACACAAGAAGAUAAGAUGCUGCGGUACAUCCUCUUGGAGUGAAACUGGAUCUUACAUGAGCGAUCUCUUGUACCAGUUAUUGUUUAUUUGCUCUUGUACAAAAGACAACAACAAAAAUUAA